CCUCCCUCUCUUGGCGGUGUGAAUAAAAAGGCCAAAAAGUGAGAGAACCGAAGCAGGGUUCCAUUUAGCCACGCCCCCCUACUCUGACCUUAUCGUGCGCCGGGUCGGGACUUUAAACGCUGCCAACGCACGAAUGGGUUUGUUUGGACUAACACCACCCAUCUCGGCCUUCCUUCGAAUCUUCUUGCUCCUCCUUUCCGAUCCGAUCACCGAAACCCUAGAAUGCUGAUCUCCGAUUCUGGAGAGGCAGAAACACAGAAUUAUUGAGCAUACAACACUCAAUUCUAGUUAGAUAGAUAAAGCGAGAGCGAUCGGAUGAUGCAGAGGCCGAGUCCUCCUAAGCACCGCCACGAUGGGAUUUCGCCGUUGCCGCUGGGCAUGGAUUGGAGCCCCCCGCCGCGGAGAUGGAAUGGGCGGGACACGAUUUGGCCGCAUGAUCCUCGUACAGGAUGGAGCUAUUGCAUCACAAUUCCUUCCUGGGUUGUCCGUCCAAAAACAAGAGAUUCAGAUCCAGUUGUGGUACUCAAAUUGCACGACUCUCCAGUACUUAUCUUUAUAAAGGGGUUCAGGUUGGCAUCCAAUCACCAGAAGGAAUUACGACUAUUCGAGGAAUUUUAAGAAGAUUUAAUGAUUUCUUGAAGUUAUUUACUGUACUCAAAAGAGCAUUUCCUAAGAAGAAUAUCCCUCCAACUCCACCCAAGGGGUUCUUGCGGAUAAAAAGUAGGGCGCUGUUAGAAGAGAGACGAUGCUAUCUGGAGGAGUGGAUGACAAAGUUACUAUCAGACAUUGAUUUGUCAAGAAGUGCCACAGUUGCAUCCUUCCUUGAACUUGAAGCUGCUGCCAGAUCUUCAUUUCAAGAUGAAAAUGAAAAAAAAUCAGAAGCAAAUCCUUCCACGAAUGGCACAGUUUCUCCGCUUCAAGUACAUCCCAAUCCAAGCCUCUCAGUCUUAGCUGGUAGUACAUCAGCUGCGUCAGAUUAUGGUAGUGAUACUGCUUAUGAAACAUCUGAGAUUGGAACGCCAAACUUCAGAAGGGAUAAUAGUUCUGAAGGUGGUACAGAGGAUCUGUCACUAGAUGAAGAUUUGUCUAGUCCAAUAGAAAAGCUCAUAAAGUAUGGCAUGUCCAAUAUUGAUGAAGGCUUGUUUAUGGGGGAGGCUAUUUUGGAGCAGCUUGAGGGUUUACCUAGGCAUAAACAGCAUACCAGAGAGAGUAAUAGUGUCAUAGGGCAUUGUGCAGAUAAUGGAAAUACUUCUAAAACUGCUUAUCUUGCUGAUGAUAGGAUUGAACGUUUUUCUGAACCUGAACAUAAGGUAAUUAGCCAUGCUCGAAAGCUCUCAACUGAAAGUGCCGGAAGCGACACAAGCUCUUUAAGAGGUAGUGAGUUGUCAAAUUCUGGAUUCCACAAGUCGGAGGUGCCAGUUGGCCCUCUUGGAGGUCCUGAGGUUUCAAAAACAAUGGCAGUUCUUGACGAUGCAGAGCUCCAGUUAAGUGAUGUACAGUUAGUUCUUCCAUUGGAUCAACGCCCCAAAAUGAACAGGGUUCUUAUGUCCAUGCAGCGGAGACUUGUCACAGCUAAAACAGAUAUGGAGGAUCUUAUAUCCAGAUUAAAUCAAGAAAUAGCUGCAAAAGAUUAUCUUGCAACAAAGGUCAAGGAUUUGGAAGUGGAACUUGAAACUAUUAAGCAGAAAAGUAAGGAAAACCUUCAGCAGGCUAUUUUGACUGAAAGAGAACGAGUUACCCAAAUGCAGUGGGAUAUGGAGGAACUUCGGCAAAAGUCAUUAGAAAUGGAGUUGAAAUUGAAGUCACAACAGAAAGAAAAGUCAGAUACAGAACCGGCAAUUAAUUCUCUCACUUGGGAAAAAAGUGCACUGCAAGAGUUGGAUGUGACCAAAAAGCAGCUUGAGGAUUUUCUGAAGCAACACAAAGAUCUAGAAGUUAAAUCAAAAGCAGAUAUUAAAGUUCUUGUUAAAGAGGUUAAAGCUCUCAGGAGGUCUCAAGCAGAACUACAGAAGGACCUUGACCAAUCACUGAAGGAGAAAUCUGAGGCAGAGAGAUUCCUUCAGAUGGAAAAGCAGCGUGGGGAAUAUGCCAAUAUUGCUACUCAAAAUCUGCUACAUGAAUGCAGCAUUCUUCAUAACCGGCUUCAGGAGUGCACCAUUAAUUUUGUCAUUGAAAAUGGAGAUAAGGUAGUGGUGGAUUCUUCAUCACUAUCAGAUGCCUUGGAUCUCCUGGUCACAUCCGACAACCAAAUUGCGGUCCUCCUUGCAGAGGUAGAAUUUUUAGUCCAAGGCAGCGGCGAGAAGACAAAUCCGCUAGAUGAGGAAUUGAGGAAGAUGCUGAAAGAUAUUUUCACCGAUAAUGCAAGGCUGAGAAAACAGGUCAACUCUGUUCUCGUUUGUGCUCUCAAAAUGGGCACUCAAGCUGAGAAAGAUGAUAAAGCCGAUUCCUCAAGAAACAUUCAAUCCGAGGAAGAUGCCGAAGCCGAUCCUUCAAAAACAGCCGUACAAACUACCGUUAUAGAUAGAUGAAAUUAGGUGUGAAUAAUGUAAAUUUUGUCUUAUAGGGUACAAGUGCUAGUGAUUAGUCAUUUACGCUCCAGGAUCAUGAUAUUCCUAAUUUGCUGAACUUGUCCAUGUUAUCAAUGCAGCUACACAAUACGAGAUGUCUGGUAGAAGGGCCCUUCAAAUCAAA